UUGCCAAUGAGAAAACCAAUCCUGAUACAUGGAUAAUGUACGCAACUUACCUGAUAAAGAUCAAAGAUCAUAAUCGUGCGAUCGAAUGUUGUCGUGAAGCGAUUGUUCUCGACAAACGACACAAAAUUGCUCUGUUACUUUACGGAAUACUACUUUGGACAGAGGGUGAAAAUCGGGAAGCGGAAAUAUUUUUGAAAUCCGUCACUUCCUUGUAUCCCAGGUUUACAGAAGGCUGGAUGAUCCUACAUCUGUUUUAUAUUCGCACAGAAUACUAUCCUGGCGUAGACCUGACCAUUCAGGUGGCAGAAAAAUGUCUAAACGACAAGGACCGGGACACGGUGAAUGUAAAAUAUUUAACUCUAGAACCUCUUGCAUGGUCGAUGAUUCACUGUCCAAAGGAUCAGAUAUACAUCAUAACUGCAGUCUUGUUGCUAAAAAUGAACCUUUACGAUUUCGCCGGUAUAGCACUGGCACAAGAGCUAGCUAUCUCUGGUAGAUCGACGCCAUUUUUAUAUUACAUGGCAGUUCAUCAUUAUCUAUUAGGUAGAUACGAUGAUGCUUUGUCGCAUCUGAAAGAAGCUCAAUGUCAGCACGGUAUGGAUUAUUCCAUUGGUAGCUUAAUGGGCCAUUGCCAUUAUAAAGAAGGAAAUCUUGAGGACGCCAUGUACUCUUAUGAAUUUGUAAACAUGAUUUUUGACAGCCCAGAUGAUAUGCAUUUAGUGCAUUUGAGAAUGGGACAAUAUUGUUUAGACACUGAGCAAAAUACUGAUGCUAUAAAGUAUUUCUUAAAUUCUUCAAAAUUUUUACCUACGCCACAAUCCUGGCUCGGUGCAGGAGUAACUUACUAUUAUUCGACUCAAUUCGAAAAAUCUGAAAUGGCUUUGAUGGAAGCCAAUAAACUAGACAGUCGUAAUUGUGAUAUCUGGGGUUACUUGUGCCUUUUGAAUAUGUCUUUACAACGUCAUGACGAAUUUCAACAGUGCUACAGACAGGCUGUCAAGAACAAUCUUAAAAACGUAAAGCUAUGGCUGAUGAUAACACGGUCGAUGGAGGUUCUGGGAUACUCGGCGCCGAUGCUGGCGGCAACGUCAAAAAUAAAUAGCGUCGAGGAAUUUUCGAAAAGUGGAGCCGAUGCCAAUGAAAGUGUAGGCGUAAUAGGAAACGAAGAUGAUAAAGACAACGAGACAUAGAUAAAUAGUACGCCAUAAAAAACGCCUACUACUGAC